AGUUUGGAAGCAUUACAGUUGUCCUCACUGCCUGUGCCUGACAUGAGUUGUAUAUGGAAGGGUCUCGUGCUGAGGCAUUUGACUACUUUGGUGGUGAGGAAAUGCGAGAGACUGACGCAUGUAUUUACAGGCAACAUGAUUGCUAGUCUGGUUCAACUAGAAGUUCUAGAGAUAUCAACUUGUGAUGAAUUGGAGCAAAUCAUAGCUAAGGAUAUUGAUGAUGGAAAUGAUCAAAUAUUGUCAGGAAGUGAUCUCCAAUCUUUAUGCUUCCCCAAUUUGUGUCGAAUUGAGAUCAAUGUAUGCAACAAGUUAACGAGUCUCUUCCCAAUAGCCAUGGCUUCAGGUCUCCCGAAGCUCCAAAUACUUAGAGUAAGCCAAUCCUCUCAACUACUGGGAGUAUUUGGGCAGGAUGAUCAUGCUUCACCUGUCAAUGUUGAGGAGGGGAUGGUGCUCCCUGAACUGCAGGAGCUGUAUCUAGAACAAUUACCGAGGAUUGUCUACUUCAGUCUUGGAUGUUAUCAAUUCUUAUUCCCUCGACUGGAGAUGUUGAAGAUGCAUCAAUGUCCAAAGCUGACCACAAAAUUUGAUACUACAUCAAAUGGUUCAAUGAGUGCUCAAUCAGAGGUAUCUCAAGUAGCUGAGGGUUCCAGCACUGGUUGCUCCGUGCCAACCAGCACUUGUAGAACGUGGACCUCAUAUAAUGGGUGGGAAGGGGAAAAAGAGGAAGAGGAUGAUUAGUUUGGCAUUGGAAUUUAAAAAACAUGCUACUAAUUCAUUCUUCCAGGUUGGUUGGUUACCUAUGUGAUGAUCAACGCGACAUUGGUGGGAAGUAAUUCCAGCUGUUUCAUUAGCUACCAAUGUGUAUGUUUUCCCAUUUGUGUUUCUUUUCAAGUGUCCGAGCCUUCAAAAACGAAAGGCAUAAUUUUUACUCAUUUGUGUGCUAUUGUUUAAUGUUUGGAUUCUCAUUCUCCUCAUUUUGAUAUUCUAUUUCUUAUUU